AGAUCUAACAAUGGCGUCAUCGCUGGCGAUAGCAUUACGCAGCACACUUACGUUACCAUCUUUCGUUUUCCCCAAUCAUUUGCUAUCAUUCAAAAAUCGAGUGUCAAUUGAAGGCAGAAGCCCUAAUUAAGCGAAAUGGGGGCGAUUGUGCCGACAGUCAAGCUGGGUUCGCAGGGCCUCGAGGUCUCCAAACAAGGCCUCGGCUGCUUCGGCAUGUCAGCUAGCUAUGGGCAGCGGAAGCCCGAAUCCGAGAUGAUCCAAGUCAUCCGCCACGCCAUCAACUCCGGCGUCACAUUUCUCGACACCUCCGACUCCUAUGGCCCCCACACCAACGAAAUUCUUAUUGGAAAGGCUUUAAAAGGGGUGAUGAGGGAGAAAGUGCAAAUUGCUUCUAAAUUUGGAGUAAUACACAAGGAUGGGGGAGUCGAUGUACAUGGUGAGCCAGAAUAUGUGAGGGCUGCGUGUGAGGCGAGCUUGAAGCGUCUUGAUGUUGACUGUAUUGAUCUCUAUUACGCUCAUAGAAUCGACACUCGUGUGCCCAUUGAAGUCACGAUGGGAGAGCUUAAGAAACUGGUUGAAGAAGGGAAGAUAAAAUAUGUUGGCCUCUCAGAGGCUUCUGUUUCAACAAUCAGAAGGGCUCAUGCUGUUCAUCCAAUUACUGCGGUCCAGAACGAAUGGUCACUAUGGUCGAGAGAUUUGGAAGAAGAAUUAGUUCCUACUUGCAGGGAACUUGGCAUUGGAAUUGUUUCAUACAGUCCACUUGGGCGUGGCUUCUUGUCACUAGGUCCCAAGUUGGUACAGAACAUGCUGGAGGGCGACUGGCGUAAGCACUUUCCAAGGUUCAAUGCUAAGAAUCUUGAAUCCAACAAGGUGGUGUAUGAAAAGAUCAGUGAGAUUGCAACGAGGAAAGGCUGCACCCCGUCUCAACUGGCGUUAGCUUGGGUUCAUCACCAAGGAGAUGAUGUGUUCCCUAUACCAGGCACCACCAAGAUCGAUAACAUCAAUGAGAAUAUCGGAGCCCUCUCUGUGAAACUAACCUUAGAAGAGAUGACUGAGCUCUCGGCUUUGGCUGACAUGGUUAAGGGGGAUCGGCAUGUGUUCAUGGAGAAUACAUGGAUGCAUUCCAACACGCCACCAUUGUCAUCUUGGAAAGUCUAUACCUGAGAUUACCAUGUUCAAAUUUCCACAGAAAGCUGGGUUUGAUCGUCUGGAAAUCUAUUUCCGGUUCUGUAAGCUGUUUUCGUCUGUCAAAUUUACAGUUUUUUUCAAGGUUUCAUGGCUGUGAAGCUUGAAACCAACUGACCUUAAUUGGUUACUAAGAUCACGAACGUGAACUAAAUUUUGGAUUUUUUCAUGAACUUAAAUUUGAUGGUAAAAGCCUGAACUUUGCUGUUGUUUGGAA